GGGCCGCGGGGCUCGGGCCUAUUGGGGUGGGCGGGGCGGAGUCGGGUCGCUAGUAUCCCUGUGGUCCUCUCCACACUCCGCGGGGUCUGAAGGACUUAGUGGGGUGGCCUCCAGCCCGGCAGCGGCGGCGGAGCCUGACGCCGAGCGGGGACCUUCUCAAGGCCCCGGGACGCGUCUGUGGGUGCCGGGGGCAUCCACGGGGCGUCCCCAUGAUAACUGGGGACGCCCACAGGGCCUGGACCGAGACUGGCGCCAGCCCUCCAUCAUAUAGCCGCCUUGGGCCAUUUCUGUAGACACUGUUGAUCGUCUUUAUGGACUGAACGGAGGCUAGGGUCUGAUCAGAGGGUUCUGGGGCCAUCUUGAGAUCUUGAGACAUGUCCCAGGGGUGAAGGAGGUCUGCAAGAGCUGAGGAGUAUCUGCUGAGCCAUCUGUAGCUCUGGGGUAUGUCGGUUGGGGCUGGGAAGUGUCUGCAUGGGCUGACCUGAGGAUGCCACUCACCGACAUGGGUCUGGGGCCAUUUAGCAAGCCUGAAAGAACUGUUCCUGGAUUAGGAAGUCGUUUAGGGGUGGGAUGUACCCACGAAGGGAGGGAAUCGAAUACUGAGAUGUGCCGAAAGGCCUGGAUGGGUCUCCAACGUCUGGGGAGAGUCUAAUCUGACUGACAGAAGGCUGGGGGCAGUUAGAAGGACCUGGAACCAUCUCGGUGGCUUUGAGUGUGCCUGCAAGAGUGCGGUCUCUGUGCCUGGAGCAAAUGCAAAUGCCUUUUGGGGCCAGAUAAUCAGAUGGAGAAUAAAACAAAGGAGAGUAUUGGAAAAUUUGCGGAGCGCAAUUGUACUUGCGCUUUAGAAGGUGACCAUGGAGGAAGAAGAUGAGUCUCGAGGGAAGACAGAGGAGUCGGGUGAGGAUCGGGCCGAUGGGCCGCCGGACCGAGACCCCACGCUUUCUCCUACUGCCUCCAUUCUGCGGGCCAUUCAGCAGGCUAUGGGAAGUUCCCUGCAGGGAGAUCUGGCAAAUGAUAAAGAUGGCUCUCAGUGUCAUGGAUCGAGAUGGAGGCGCUGCCGGAGCCCCCGGUCAGAGGCCCGUUCCCAGGACUCAGGGGGAGCUGACACAGCUGCUGUGUCGGACAUGGCCGCAGACAGCUUCCUGGCGGGCUUGGUGAGCAUCCUGGAUCCCCCAGACACCUGGGUUCCCAGCCACCUGGACCUGCGGCCCGGCGAAAGCGAGGACAUGCUGGAGCUGGUGGCCGAGGUCCGCGUCGGGGACAGGGGUCCGAUCCCUCUGCUGGUGCCCAGCCUGCUGCCGCGUCUCAGGGCCUGGAGGACGGGCAAGACGGUUUCUCCUCAGUCUCACUCUUCUCGACCCACCUGUGCCCGCCACCUCCUCACCUUGGGCACUGGAGAUGGGGGCCCUGCCCCACCCCCUGCCCCCUCCUCUGCGUCCUCCUCUCCUUCCCCUUCCCCCUCAUCAUCCUCCCCUUCCCCUCCUCCUCCCCCACCACCUCCAGCCCCCCCGGCCCCACCCGCCCCCCGAUUUGACAUCUAUGACCCCUUCCACCCCACCGACGAGGCCUAUUCCCCACCACCUGCUCCGGAACAAAAGUACGACCCCUUUGAGCCGACUGGCUCCAACCCCAGUUCAUCAGCCGGGACCCCCUCCCCUGAGGAGGAAGAGGAGGAGGAGGAGGAAGAGGAGGAGGAAGAGGAGGAGGAAGGCCUGUCCCAGAGCAUCAGCCGCAUCUCUGAGACCCUGGCGGGCAUCUAUGACGACAAUAGCCUAAGCCAGGACUUCCCAGGUGAUGAGAGCCCUCCCCCGGACUCCCAGCCCCCGCAGUCCACCGUGGCCGCUGGCACGCCGCCACAGGCGGACUCCACCCGGGUGGACGGCGCCACCCGCCGGCGUGUCUUCGUGGUGGGGACCGAGGCGGAGGCCUGUCGGGAAGGCAAGGUCUCCGUGGAGGUGGUGACGGCAAGUGGAGUGGCCCUGCCGCCCCCCUUACUGCUGCCUGGUGACUCGGAAAUUGAGGAGGGGGAGAUCGUGCAGCCUGAGGAGGAGCCAAGGGUGGCGCUGUCCCUCUUCCGGGCCAGCGGCCGGGCUGCCCGCCCGCCUCCCGCGGCCCAAGCCACCCCCACGACCCAGCCCCCACCCCCACCACCUGUGCCCCGAGCCCCCGAGGGCGAUGACUUCUUGUCUCUGCACGCGGAGUCGGAUGGCGAGGGCGCCCUGCAGGUGGACCUGGGCGAGCCGGCCCCCGCGCCGCCCCCCACCGAUGCGCGCUGGGGCGGCCUGGACCUGCGACGCAAGAUCCUGACCCAGCGGCGGGAGCGGUACCGCCAGCGCUCCCCCUCCCCGGCCGCCCCCGCCCCAGCCGGCCCACCAGCCCGCAAGAAAUCACGGAGGGAGCGCAAGCGCAGCGGCGAGGCCAAGGAGGCCACCUCUUCCUCGUCGGGCGCGCCACCCGCCCAGCCGGCCCCAGCCUCCCCCUGGGACUCCAAGAAGCACCGCUCCCGGGACCGCAAGCCGGGGUCCCACGCCUCGUCGUCCACCCGCCGCCGCUCUCGCUCCCGCUCAGCCCGCCGCCGCUCACGCAGCCCUGACCGCCGCCGUGGUGGCAGCCGCAGGUCCAGGUCUCGGGAGAAGCGGCGCCGGAGACGGCGCUCUGCCUCCCCGCCCCCGGCCACCUCCUCGUCAUCGUCCUCCCGGCGCGAGCGGCACCGAGGCAAGCACCGGGAAGGGGGCAGCAGCAAGAAGAAGAAGAAGCGGUCCCGGUCCAGGGGCGAGAAGCGGUCAGGGGACAGCGAGAAAGCCCUGGUGCCGGCCCAGCCGCCCUCCGGUUCCACCUCCCUGGGCGGGGAGCGAGACAGCCGCCGCCGGGGGGCUGUGCCGCCCUCCAUCCAGGACCUCACGGACCACGACCUUUUCGCCAUCAAGCGGACCAUCACCGUGGGCCGGCCGGACAAGUCCGACCCGCGAGGCCCCUCGCCAGCCCCCGCUUCGUCGCCCAAGCGCGAGGUCCUCUACGACUCGGAGGGACUGAGCGCCGAGGAGCGGGGUGGCAAGAGCGGCGAGAAGGACAGGCGCCGCUCUGGGGCCGCUGCUGCCGCCUCCUCCCGGGAGAAGGGGUCUCGGAGGAAGACGCUGGACGGGGGGGACCGGGACAGGGACAGAGAUAGGGACAGGGACAGGUCAUCCAAGAAGGUCCGGCCCCCCAAGGAGUCGGCACCCUCCUCAGGGCCCCCACCCAAGCCACCGGUCAGCAGCGGCUCUGGCUCAUCGUCGUCGUCCUCAUCCUCGUCCUCCCGGAAGGUGAAGCUGCAGUCCAAGGUGGCGGUGCUGAUCCGGGAGGGCGUCAGCAGCACCACCCCGGCCAAGGAGGCUGCGUCGGCCGGCCUGGGCUCCAUUGGAGUCAAGUUCAGCCGAGACCGGGAGAGCCGCUCCCCCUUCCUCAAGCCGGAGGAGCGGGCCCCAGCCGAGGUGGCCAAAGCAGCUCCGGGCAGUACCAAGCCCAAAAAGACCAAGGUUAAGACCAAGGCUGGGGCCAAGAAAGCCAAGGGGACCAAGGGAAAGACCAAGCCAUCCAAGACCAGGAAAAAGCUCCGCAGUGGGGGCAGCAGCGGGGGCAGCGGUGGCCCUGGAGCACUGAAGAAGUCCAAGGCAGACAGUUGCAGUCAGGCGGCGGGGGCCAAGGGGGCCGAGGAGACUUCCUGGUCUGGGGAAGAGCGGGCAGCCAAGGUCCCCAGCACCCCUCCCCCCAAGGCAGCCCCUCCGCCCCCUGCCCUCACGCCAGACUCGCAGACUGUGGACAGCAGCUGCAAGACCCCUGAGGUCUCCUUCUUGCCCGAAGAGGCUGCUGAGGAGACUGGGGGACGAGGUGUGGUCGAGGAGGAGGAGGAGGAAGAAGAGGAGGAAGAGGAGGAGGAGGAGGAAGAAGAGCAGCAGCCUGCCACCACCACGGCCACCAGCACGGCUGCGGCCGCCCCGAGCACUGCCCCUAGUGCAGGGUCCACCGCCGGGGACUCGGGGGCAGAGGACGGGCCAGCGGCCCGUGUCUCCCAGCUGCCCACGCUGCCCCCACCCAUGCCCUGGAACCUGCCCGCUGGUGUGGACUGCACCACCAGUGGCGUCCUGGCCUUGACUGCACUUCUCUUCAAGAUGGAAGAAGCCAACCUGGCAAGCCGAGCAAAGGCCCAGGAGCUGAUCCAGGCCACCAACCAGAUCCUCAGCCACCGAAAGCCACCCUCCGGUCUGGGGGUGACACCGGCUCCCGUGCCCACCUCGCUGGGUCUGCCCCCGGGCCCCUCCAGCUACCUGCUCCCGGGCAGCCUUCCCCUGGGGGGCUGCGGCUCCACCCCUCCCACCCCCACUGGGCUGGCCGCAGCGUCGGACAAGAGAGAGGGCAGCAGCAGCUCCGAGGGUCGAGGAGACACAGACAAGUACCUGAAGAAGUUGCACACGCAGGAGCGGGCGGUAGAGGAGGUGAAGCUGGCCAUCAAGCCGUACUAUCAGAAGAAGGACAUCACCAAGGACGAGUACAAGGACAUCCUGAGGAAGGCUGUCCACAAGAUCUGCCACAGCAAAAGCGGGGAGAUCAACCCAGUGAAGGUGAGCAACUUGGUGCGGGCCUACGUCCAACGCUACCGCUACUUCCGCAAGCACGGCCGCAAGCCUGGGGACCCCCCGGGGCCUCCACGGCCGCCCAAGGAGCCAGGGCCCCCUGACAAGGGUGGCCCGGGCCUGCCCCUGCCCCCUCUCUGAGACUCCCAGCCCCUACUUCCUCCUCCGCCUCUUUGGAAUUCUGGACAUAUUUAUGGCUCCGCCUCCCCGUGUCCCUCCCCCGUCAGUGGGAAGAUGGGGGAGGGGGGCUGUGGGGAGAGAGCCCCCUGCCCAGCCCCGUGCCCACACCCCUUGUCUCCACGCCUGGCCCCGUCGCCCCUGCCCUCCUCCAUGUCCCCCCCCAAUUUCAUUAAAGAUUUCAUGAAAUGUUUUCCCCGA